CGACCGCGCCACAAGGAUCUCCUGGCUAUGGUGACCCUAAGUAUCAUCUAUGUUAUUAGCUAACUGAUAAGAGUGAUGUUUAUAGCUCUAGAGUUGUCCUAAUUGAGCUCAUUUCAUCAAUGCCUCCUGUUGAUAUGAAUAGGCAGAAACAAGAGAUUAAUUUAGCUUACUUAGCGGUAAACAGGAUUCAGAAUUGUGCAAUUGAAGAGUUGAUUGACUCAUGUCUUGGAUAUCAAUCAGAUGAAGAAGUUAAAAGAAUGACAACUUCAGUCGCAGAGCUGGCCUUCCUAUGUUUGCAGCAAAACAAGGAAAUGAGACCUUCCAUGGAUGAAGUUUUGGAGCAAUUAAAGAGAAUUGAAAGUGGAGAGUGCAAGCCAGAGAAUCUAAACAAUGAUAAUGUAGUUCAGAAUAUGCGGCGAACAGUUUCAUCACCAGAUUGUCAAGAGGCUUCUUUGUUGAAGAAUAUCAGUCUGUCACCAACAUCUGUGACAUCAAAAUGGGUUAGCAGCGACAUUGCUUCUAGUCUCAGUUGUUAAAUUUCAUGCGAACAUCCUGCACCUAAAAGGCAGAAAGCUCAAGAUCUAUGAGCUAGUUCAGGCUCUAAGAGUAUGAUGAAAUAAGAAGAGUUGUUUCUUGUACUU